GCCUCGCCUCACCUCAGUAGACACAAGCAGAGAGCUGCAGAAGCAAGAACAUCUAGAGCGUUAGAGAGCUGCAACUACAGACGGCACCAUGCGGUUCAACACACUCUUCUUCCUGAUGAUUAUUUCUUGUCUCUCUCUUGCACUGGCACAAGCGAGCUUUGACGACUGCUGUUUGAAGUAUGUGAAAAAAAUGAGCUCCAGAACUCAAAGACAUGUUGUGGACUACAGACGGCAGGUGACAGAUGGAGGCUGCAACAUCCCCGCCAUAAUCUUCACCAUGAGGAGGGGACGUGUGUUAUGCACUGACCCCAGAGAGGCUUGGGUGGUAGAGCUGAUGGAGAAGAUUGAAGAAAAGAAAGCCAGAAAUAAGAUGAAGAAUACCUCUUGGAAGAGCCACCAUCGACAGGCACAAAGAGGCUGAGGGCGACCGUCUGCUGCAAUGGCACCCGUUUGUCAUGUCUUCCUGCCAAGUGUAAUCAUUAAGCAACAAACAGAUUUAUGGCAUCUUACUGGAAGGCAGGGGGCUAGGCAAGGAAAUCUUGUAGCAUUACUUUUGCUUUCGGUAUACACUAAGAUAAAGGUCAAAAGAAAGCUCGGAUGGAACCGCACCAGCGUUUGUUGCUGAGAGUUGGACUGCUGAUGCUGACCGGCCACCACACAAUAAAUGCCUUCAAUAGCAUGGCUGCUUCAUUAAGCAUAUCUGCAGAUGUUUUCUUUCUGUUUGAGACACUGAAUAUUCAAUAAGCUGUUUAAUUAAUAGUGAUGAUAAUAUUUCUUGCAUGAUGUGUCCAGAUUUUGAUAAAUGAAAAUGUCUUUCUGAAUGUGUGUCAUUACAAAAGGAGAAACUCCUAAUUUCUUAAUUUUUUUCUAAAGGGUUUAAAUGUUGGUCUUUUUCAUACAUUUGGUGUAUGGAUUUUAUUACUGUGUAUUUCCACAAAAGCAUUAUUACAAUAAACCUAUCACCAUUUACUAAAUGUUGUUUAAAUGUUUAUGAUUAUGUUCACAUGAAUGUUUUAUGCAGUAUUUUUGUCUGGUAGUUAAUCCUUUGUGUUAUUUCUAAUGAAAAACAUUUUUAUAAUGUAUUUUCUUAACACAAGGGGCAUUAAGAGGACAUGUUCAUCUAUUUUCCCAGGUUUCUUCAUGAGCCUGUCAUAACUUCCUCAAUCACAUGAUGUUAUCACCAUUAAAUGCAUUUAUGCCGGAAAUAUUUUAUUGAGAACAUGACACCCAGUCCAACACAGUUUUAUGUACCAAGUAGAUAAGUAACUAUUCUCAUCGUAAAUGACCUUUACAGAUCACUGCAGUAAAAAGAGACUGACGCAAUCAAUAGUCAUUUAUAGUAAAAGAAGUGAGGCAACACAUUCUGCAUGUACGUGAAUGGCUCUUCAAAAGAGUUAAUAUGAAUGUGGGCGUCUUUUAAUGUACAGAUAAUACUAAUAAUUUCACACUCCAUUUCAGUCGCUUUUUUGUACUGCAUAUAUGGACCACAUGACCACAUGACCAAAUUUUUCUUGUUUCUGCUUCUUGACCAAAGCACACUGGGACAUGAUUCAUCCCCUGCUGUGACACUGAGCAGAUUAAUAAAACUAAUGAAUAUUGAAUAUGAA